CGCGUGGACGGCGCUGAUGGCGGCCAGAACCUCUUGGGCGUCUUGGUCACACACGGCCAGGCGGAGCCCCUCCAGGCCCCGGCACUCCUGCAGCAGUUGUGUGCCGGCACCACUUAGGUGACCCCUGAACCACUUAAGGUUCUUCGCCACUCGCAAGAUGUCGCUCCGUUGAUCUUGACUCUCCAGCGUCACGUGAAUAGGGCGACUCCUCCGUGCGUCAGGCUGUCCAAGUCGUAUCGUUGCCCCUACAUCAGUGGGUAUCGGUCCGGCGUAACCCGCGGCUUCCAGCACUGUCUAGAUCUUCUCUCCAUCUGUCGUUCCCAGGCCGUCGUCAUCCUCCGAGACCCCAGUUAUAACCAAGUUCCGCACCCUUUCUAUGGCGCCAAGGGAUUCUAGGAACCGGUUUUGCUGGUGGCUAGUCAUGUAGGCUUCAUCGAGUCUUGUAUUCAGUGAUUCUAUUUCUUCCUUCAUCUCCUUCACAGCUGCCAAAUCUUCUGGAAUAUUUCUUAUUUCUUCGAGUAAUUCAGAGCUCGGUGGCUGCUCUUCAUGAGGCUGAUGUGCAACAGUUGUUCUCAGUGCACAUUUUAGCUGCGCCGCUGUCAGUUUAUUGAUCUCCGUAGCAGACAAUGCCUUCACUGUGUUUACAUUGUCAUAACUAGCCAUCUUGGACAAACAAACAAUUAUCUUUGCAUCCCGUUUUCUUCAGUGGUUUGGCGUCGCCGUUACCAUAGCAACGGUUUUCACAGCGGUGCAGAGGGGGUGGGGCCGGUGUUGAUCGGCCACAUUAUAUUCUAGCUUCUAACUACCGGCUAGCUUUCUUCAGUGGGCUACAAGUAACUGAGUCUUGGCUCCACUCUACCCUCGUGCAGCUCCUUAGGCAAUAUAUUGCCUGAUCUAAGCUUGUAUGGCAGCAGAAUCUUGGCAAAACUUGGAGCUCUAUCCAGGUCUGUUUGUUGAUGUUUGCAGCGCCAUCUACACAGUGCCUUAAGACUUUGAAACUAUUUCGGAACUGCACGAUGCAGGACUACCUGCUCUACCAUCACCUCAAGACAGAACGCAGGAAGGGAGGGGGGAAGGGCGGAGUGGCCCCUAAUACCUGCCUGUCAACAUUCCUGCCGGAGUAGAGGCCCUGUGGGUGAGAGUUACGCCCCCCUGCCAUCUCAGCAACACAGCCUCCAUCAUCGUGUGCGUCGUGUACCACCCCCCACGAGCCACCUCAGCACAGUUACUCACCACUCACAUCAGUGACACUGCUGAUGGUCUAAGUGUGAGGUAUCCUGUUGCCAAGCUGGUCAUCUGUGGGGACUUUAACGGAUUGUAUAUCAGCGAUAUCCUACACCAGCUACACCUCACCCAGGUCGUGAACUUCCCUACCACCCAGCAAGCCACCCUCGACCUUAUACUGACACACCUAUGCCAGCAGUACUCGUCCCCCAAGUCGCUGCCUCCCAUGGGACGGAGCACCCACCUCUCCAUACUGUGGACACCCACACCCACCACCUCGACCCCCUGGCCAGCUGUCACCAGGACCCACCGUUCCAUGCCUGACUCAGCCAUGAGGGAGGUUGGGCAGUGGGUGACACAACACCCGUGGACCGAGGUGCUGGAUGUGGAGGACGUCAACUCAAAAUGGCACAAUUACGUCACCUCCACCACAGAAGCCUUCCACCGCUACUUCCCAGCCAAGAAUGUCACAGUGCACACAUCUGAUGCCUCCUGGAUGACGCCCAGCAUUAAAAGACUCAUGCAUCAGCGGAUGUGGUCGUUCCACUCCUGCCCGGUCCUAUACAGGAAGCUAAGAAACAGAGUGAUCAGGGAGAUUAAGGCUGCCAAGUCAAGCUAUUACCCGGACAAGAUACACCACUUCAAGAAGGCCAACAACAGACAGUGGUACGCUAGCAGCAAAGCUUUGUGUGGCCUACAAAAGCACACUUCAUCUCUUCCUUGCACCUCCCACCUUCCUGCUAAUCUCGCGGCUCAGGAGAUGAACGACCACUUUGCCGCUAUCUGUCACACCUGCCCUCCUCUCCACACCACUCCACUUCCUGACCAUCUUCCCGCCCCCUCCCCUCCCCCCACUAUCCAAAAGGUGGAUGUUUUUAAGAGGAUACUUAAAGAUACCAAGAUACCAAGAUACCAAGGAUACUUAAAGAUACCAAGAUCCACCACACCCACUCACCUUCCCAUAUGGGAAGAGCCAGCAACACCGCUAUGCCCCAUAAUAAACGCCUCUCUUUCCCAACACUCUUGCCCCGCGGACUGGAAGACAUGUUAUGUCUCUCCCAUCCGCAAAGCUUCCAGUCCACAGUCCCUCGGUGACCUCAGGCCAGUCUCUAUUACCCCCGUCCCUAGCUUUAUUUGUGAAGAUUUUGUGUACGACUGGGCCUACACCAAAAUUUGUUAUACCGUGGAUAUCAGACAGUUUGGAAAUAUUAUAGCCACCUCCACCUCCCAUUAUCUGACCAGCUUCCUUGACUUCAUCUACAGCCACCUGGAGAAGCGAAACACCUCUCUAGCUGUUGCUUUUGUGGACUUCAAAAAGCCUUUGAUCUUGUUGAUCAACUUUGUUCUCUUCAGCAAUGCAAUUAGUCUGGGUCUCCCUCCCAACCUGGUAGCGUGGCUAGCCAACACCCUCUCAGGGAGGCGUCAGGCCGUUCGCUAUCAGGGCUCUGUCUCUAAUAUCCAACAGCUGACAUGUGGGGUCCCCCAGGGGACCAAGAUGAGCCCACUAUGCUUCCUCCUCCUGAUUAACGACGCCCUCACUGACACCCCCCUCGCUGGAAGUAUGUGUACGACUGCACCGUGGGCGUCCCAGCCUCCAAAAGGAACCCGGACUACUCGCCACUGCAAGUCAUUUUGGAGCGACUGCAGACAUGGACGGAGGAGAGCAGGAUGACCAUCAACCACAGCGAAACUGUGGUGAUGCAUUUCUGUACCUCCUCUGUACCAGUGCCCUCUCCCCAGCUCAG